AUGAACAUCUCUGAUGCAAAUAAGCUUGGUCAAGGCGGCGUGCUUUUCCAAGUAUCUCGCAUCUCCUUGGCGCCUUGUUGAUUUUUCACGAUGUGGAAGCGAUACUCUAUUCCCUUUUGAAUGACACUUAGUUUUCAUUCAUGGAUACUCAAGUAUUAGAUAGUGCACCAUACAAGAUAUUUUUUCCACCUUUUUGUUCUUUGUGAAUAAAUAAGUAAGGCGUAAGAAGAAAACACUCGUUCAUAACAAUCCUUCAAGCAAUGAAUUCACUCAAUUCGUGGGAGUUCCCACCACCAGUCUUCUUCUCCGUUUACUCAUCUUACAGGACAUCGUGCUCUGUUAAUUAUUCAUCAAUGUUCUCCAAUUUCUAUUGUUCUAUCGAACUUUUGCUCGUUAAGUUCAUGUGGGUAACCCAUUCUUUUUGGCAAUCAAUAAUUUAUACCCGUCAAGGUUCUUAUAAUAAACCACUUCUGAGAGAAGCCAUUCAGGCACUCCAUUCAUUGUUCAGAACGUGGUUUCUUUUAAUUUCAACCAGGCACAUCCGCCAUCCCAGGGGCAUGGGACUGCUAUAAAAACGACUCGCCUAGGGUGAUUGCUUUCACUGUACACCGACAAGUCCGGGCGCUGAAGUCAAUUCAAAGAUCGACAGUUUGGAAAUUGUUACACUUGAAAAUAUCGCCGGAAUGACAAAACCCAGUGAACACAUAAAACGGCCGAUGAACGCCUACAUGGUUUGGUCUCGAAAGGAGCGCAGGAGGAUUGCAGAGGAAUGUCCCCGAAUGUUGAAUUCGGAAAUUAGUAAACGUCUUGGACUUGAGUGGAACGCUCUAUCACCGGAGGCUAAAGAUCCGUACAUUUUGGAAGCCAAGCGACUAAGAGAGCAACAUAAGAAAGACCACCCAGAAUACAAGUAUCAGCCUAAGAGGAAGCCAAAAACCACCCCCAAGGUAAAAGCGCAAAGCAUCAAUCCGUACGGUUAUCAUGACAUGAAUGGGUUGGGAUACCCACCGCCUUCUACGCUGUGUAGCCCAAUGCCGCCGCCAGGACAUUUAAUGCCACCGGGACCCAUCUUUAGCAAUUGCGCGGGAAAUUGCACACUUACAGAGCCGCCUCCACCGUAUCACUUCACACCGCACUAUCCAGUAGUACAGACCAUGGCUGAAAUGAAAGGAUCUUGUUCCGGGCAUAUACCUCUUGUUGGAAGGGAAAUUUCUUGCGGGCCGCCUAUUGCUUAUUCGAGCCAUCACCCUUCCGUGUCACAUUCUAUGCCAGUUGGACAUGUGGUUCACCAUCGAAGCGUUUUGCCGGAGUCAUCUUCCAUAGUUCAUGCUCCUACCCCAAUCGAUAGCAGAACUGGGAUUCCGCGAUCUUCACUGGACUAUGUAAUGAUGAGAAACGACGUUGGUUACUAA